AUGCCCUCGCUCUCCUCCUUGGAGGGGAUGGAAGUGAAGACCACCAGCCGCUGGUUGGCGGCGAUCAUGUCGCUGACGAGCGGCCAGUCGCCGCCGCGGCGGGGCAUCCUCGCCGCCGGGAACCAGUACUUGACCAGGCCUGAGUCGUUGAAGGCUCGGGUCAGCCCGUUGGGAGCUCGGACGUAG